GGCCCGGUUCUCUCUCUCUCUGAACACCGCUGCAUUGACCGGCAUGCACCGGGGCUUUGACAGCCCUGCGCUGGAGGACUGACCGCUCAUCUUCGUGUCUCGCUUCGGUCGCCAUGGCGCUGAGCCUGCUGGAAAGGGUUCAGGUGUGCCUGUUCAGGGCCUUCGCGGGCUUCUUCCUCAUGCUUUUCCAGCUGUUCUCUGGCGGAGCCGCUGCUUCCUCCUCCAGGAACAAGCUGCCGCCCGUUAGCAACCCGCUGCUGCUGCUGCCGGCCACCCAGCUGGCCAGGAAGAUCCGACGGAAAGAGGUGACCAGUGUUGAGGUGGUGCAGACUUUCAUCGACAGGAUUCAGGAAGUCAACCCGUUUGUGAACGCUGUUGUGAAGGACAGGUUUGCUGCCGCGCUCCAGGAGGCGGCCCAGGUCGACAAGCUGAUUGAAGAGGAGACCGGAGGAGAGGAGGUUCUAGAGGACCGUCUGCCCUUCCUGGGAGUCCCACUGUCCGUGAAAGAGUCAUAUUCUCUACAGGGAAUGCCCUUUACCACAGGUUUGGUUUCCAGGAGAGGGAUUGUUGCCACAGUCGAUGCGCCUCCAGUGGCUUUGCUGAAGAGAGCGGGGGCCAUACCGCUGGGUGUCACCAACAUCAGCGAGCUGUGCAUGUGGUCCGAGUCCCACAACCACCUUUAUGGCGUUACCUGCAACCCCUACGACCUGGAGAGAAUCCCCGGAGGAAGCUCAGGGGGGGAGGGCAGCAUUCUGGCCUCUGCAGGUGCGGUCAUCGGCGUGGGCUCCGACAUCGGGGGUAGCAUCCGCAUGCCCUGUUUUUUCAAUGGAAUCUUUGGCCACAAAACCACUCCCGGGGUGGUGUCCUGUGAGAACCAGUACCCCCCAACCUCUGGCAGGUGGUCGGAGUACCUCAGCUCUGGUCCAAUGUGCCGCUACGCUGAAGACCUGCUGCCCAUGCUGAAGAUCAUGGCAGGACCCAACGUCAACAUGCUGUCUUUAAACACAAAGGUGGACCUGAAGAAGCUGCGGUUCUUCACCAUCCCCCACGACGGCGGCUCUGCGUUCACAUACCCCGUCAGCAAAGAGCUGAUGGACAUUCAGAGAAAGGUAGCAGAGCGUCUGGAAUGCGACCUAGGAGUCCAAGUCCAAAAAGUGUGUUUGCCUGAACUUCGCUAUAGCUUCCAGAUCUGGGACAAAUACAUGGGUCUUCCUGAUAAGGAGGGCAAACCUCCCAAGAGGUUUGCUGACCUGAUGGGGGAGCCCGGACGUCCAGCCUGGCCUCUCUGGGAGUUGCUUAAAAGGAUGGUGGGAAAGUCAGAGCACACAAUGGCUGCUAUCAUGUUGGGCUUGAUCGAGAUGAUCCCAAUCUCCCAACCUGCAGCCUUCAUCAUCCCAAAGAAAGAGAAGCUGCAGAAGGAGCUGGAUGACAUGCUGGGCACGGACGGGAUCCUUUUGUACCCCUCUCACCCCCGAGUGGCACCCAAACACCACCACCCUCUCUUCAGACCCUUUGACUUCGCCUACACUGGUAUACUGAACAUCCUGGGGCUGCCGGUUACCCAGUGUCCUCUGGGCUUGGGUGAGGAAGGUCUGCCGUUGGGCGUGCAGGUCGUCGGAGGUAAGAUGCAGGACCACUUGACCCUGGCGGUGGCCGUGUACCUGGAGAAGACGUUCGGAGGCUGGAGGCCCCCCGGAGCCAACUAACAGAGGACCAAAACUCCAGAACUGUGCAAUGAAUGUUCCUACCACCAAGAGGUUUUUGUACUGAGAGAAUCAUUCCAGUUUAAACAAAACAACUGUGCACAGCAUCUAAAUGAACACAAAGGUUGUACUCUGCUGUGCAGGUUUCACCUACUUUGCACUGUAGCUGCUUUUUUUCCUGCUUUCACACACACAAAAAAAAACAAAAAACGUUGCCGUUUGUGUGGAAGAGCUUUACCUAAUCGGGAGACUGUUGAAUGUGAAGUAGCACUUUGUUCACGGAUCAGGAAGACUGGAAAUGCAGAAAUGGGCCAAACCGUAGUAAUGUAAACGCUGACACCUGAUGUGACAUUUGAUGUUGCAACUUGUUUAAUAAAGCAAAAGUCAGACUAAA